AUGGCGAAUAAGCGCAUCAUGAAGGAAUUCGCAGGCAUCAGCGCCGACCCCCCGCCAGGAUGCGUUGUCAAACUGGCGCAAGAGGGUGACCUCCAUCUAUGGGACGUCUACAUGGAUGGUCCAGCAGACUCACCAUACAAGAGUGGUAAAUUCCACAUCCAAGUCACGAUCCCAAAGGAAUACCCUUUCAAACCACCCACUCUAUCUUUCCGAACUAAAAUCUACCACCCCAACGUCAGUAACGACGAUCGAGGCGCGAUGUGUCUGGGCAUGCUGAAGGCUGAGGAGUGGAAGCCGCCGAACAAGAUCUCGGAUGUCCUACGACUCGUCGCAACUGUGUUGGCAGCGCCGCAACCCGAUGAUGCUGUCGAAGCGAGCAUUGCAGAUCUUUUCAAGAAUCAGCCUGCCGAAUUUGACCGGAUUGCGCGGGAUUGGACAACAAAGUUCGCGCGUAGCUGA